GUCGUUAAUAAUUGUACUUACCUUCGUACCUCGGACUGGGGGCCUUUUGCUUUCUCCUCAAAAGCUAGAUACGCCGCCCGCCCACCGCACUUUUCUUCUUUAACCUAUCUUCCUCCACUUUAUUUGCCUUCUCUUUGGAUACUCAGACGAACGUUUCGCGGUUAUGGAUACUCGUGUGCACCCUUGAUAUAAUUGCGUGUAUUGGAUCGAAACUUCAUUGUAGCUGGACGACUUUGCGCCGCUUCUGUCCCAUGCAUCGUUGGAGGUCUCUACACAGUGCGGAGCUUGCCCAUUUAUUCCCGGGCCUAUGAUGACGAAUCAUGAGUCACCUCUGCGCGAGGUUGGAGAUGGGAAAGAGGAGGAUGGUUCUGUUCGUGACCGCAUCGAUGGGUCUGUGAAGAGCAAGGAUGAUGUUGUCAGGGACGGCAGUGCGAUAGGGGAUGGAGGACGAAGGGAUGCGACGAAGGGUGAGAAGAGUGAUGAAGUGCCUGCGACCGAUGGAACUGUAGAAGCUGGCGAGCUUGAGGUCGAUGAGAAGAAGGUUGAUGAGCCGCCUAAUGGAGGUUACGGUUGGGUUAUGGUGGCUUGUUGUGCUAUCAUUAAUGCACAUACUUGGGGUCUCAAUUCUUCCUACGGAGUGUUCCUCGCAUACUAUCUUGCCAACGACGUUUUCCCCGGAGCAACCCCUUUGCAAUACGCGUUCAUCGGCGGACUCUCCAUCUCGCAGGCACUGGCAGUGUCGCCCGUUGCAACCAUGACUACGCGCCUCUACGGAACCAGAACGACCCUCCUGAUCGGCGUGUUCUUCGAGACCAUCUCCCUGAUCGGCGCCUCUUUCUCGACCAAGAUCUGGCACCUGUUCCUCUCCCAAGGAGUCUGCUUCGGCUGGGGCAUGGGCUUCCUCUUCGUCGGAUCCGUCGUCAUCGCGCCGCAAUGGUUCAGCACGAAACGCAGUCUCGCGAACGGCAUAUCAGCCGCCGGGUCCGGCGUCGGCGGCCUCAUCUACUCCCUCGCCGCGCAAUCCAUCAUCCGCAACGUCUCGCUAGCAUGGGCAUUCCGAAUCCUAGGCAUCAUAGCGGGAGUCGUCAACUUUACGUGCGCCAUUCUCGUCAAAGACCGCAACAAGCAGAUCGGAUCCAGCCAGCUAUCCUUUGACCACCGGCUCUUCAAACGAAUCGAGUUCCUGGGCCUCUUGACCUUCGGAUUCCUCAGCAUGCUGGGCUACAUCGUGCUCCUGUUCUCGCUGCCCAGCUACGCGCGGUCGGUAGGCAUGGACGCCCGGCAGGGCUCCAUCAUCGGCGCCGUGCUCAACCUCGGCCAGGCGAUGGGCAGGCCGCCGAUCGGAUACUUCAGCGACAGUUUCGGCCGCGUCAACAUGGCGGCCACCAUGACGUUCCUGUCCGGCCUGUUCGCGCUGGUGGUGUGGAUGUUCGCGGACAGCUUUGGCGUGCUGAUCUUCUAUGCCAUCGUAGGUGGUGCAGUUGCAGGGACGUACUGGGCUGUCGUUGCGCCGGUCACGACGGAGAUCAUGGGAAUCGUGGAUUUGCCGAGUUGUUUGAGCAUCACGUGGCUGGUUUUGGUGCUGCCGACGACUUUUGCCGAGCCGAUCGCCCUCGAGAUCGUGGCGUUCAACGGCGGGACGUACAGGGGCGCCACGCUGUUCGCGGGCUUCAUGUACGUGGGCGCCGCGGGGUUUCUAUGGCUGGUCAGGGCGUGGAAGAUGGGGGAGUUGGAGAGACAGGCUGCGAUUCUGGGCCGCAGGGGCUCGAAUAUGGAUCCGUUGACCGUUGCUGCUGAGCAUCGUCCAAGUGGCGGAGAGGGAGGGAGAGAGGUGGGAGGUGAUGUGAAGAUUACGCCGUUUGUGACGAGGCUGUUUAAGUGGCAGAGAGUGUAGAUGCAUACUUGCAUAUAGGUUUUGAUUUCUUUGAGAUGUUUGGAAAGGGUUGGUGUUUUGCAUAUAGGCAUACUGCAUUUUGCGUUUGCAUUGGAUGGAAAAGUGUACAUAGAUUCCCCAAAGCAUAUAUG